AUGGAGAUACCUGAUUCUACUGAGAACUUCGACAAUGAGACCCUGGGAGAUCUCGGCUUUAUUUGCAAAGAAGCGGGAGCUGAAGCAUACUGUGGAGGCUAUAUUGGUGAUGAUCUUGUGUUGGAGUUUAAGUCGUACGAAGAGGUUCUGGAGCAGCAGGAGAGACUGUUUAGGUGCCCUCCAUGGGAUGAGAUAUCGGACUCAGAUGAGGCCUUCAAUGACGACUUAGAGAGUAAGAAAGCUUACGUCGUUGAAGACAGUUUCACAGAGUACCAAGACGAAGAUCCACCAGGUCCAAAUACUCCAGCUCCUGUCUUGCCAGUCAGCUGGAUCUACUAUCGAUUCUAA